AUGGUGGGCGUCCCGGGGAAGUCCAAGGGAUGCGAAACCUGCCGCCAUCGUAGGGUCAAGUGUGAUCUGCAACGGCCGGCGUGCGGCCGAUGUUUGAGGACGAACCGGACGUGCCCGGGAUACGAGCGUGGAUUGAUCUUCGUGAAUAAUGCCCCGCGGGAGACACAGAGUGGUCUGGCUGUUUUUAGGCCCAAGAAAUACACCCGUGAGAACAACUUGCUGCUAUCGCGGGUGCGCGCCAAGACCGGCUCAUCAUCACCCCUCCGUCUACUCUCGCCCAGCCUUGCGACGAGUGCGAGUGAGCAGCACCUCAUUGGGUCCUUUUGGUCCAGUUACCUCCCCAACGGACGCUUGGCCACAGACGGGGUCAUCAAAUUCUCGCUCUAUGGUUGGACAAAUGUCGUCGAUGAGUUAUAUUUCAAGGCACCGAUGAUCCGAUCCGUACUCUGUGCCUGCGCACUAGGACUUAGGGGCCUUGCGGAAAACAACCCCAGGUUGCUUCAGAAGAGUUACCAAAUGUAUGGGAAAACUCUCUCCGGUCUGCAAAGAUGUAUCGAGGAUCCUGAAAAGCAACAGCGGCAUGUUGUGCUCACGACCUUGAAGCUUUCCUGCUUAUAUGAGAUAUGGCUUGGGACCAAGGAUGAAGGCUCACUUCAAUUCAAGUCAUGGUGCGCUCAUGUCAAUGGCAACACCGCUUUCAUGCUGAGUUGCGAUCCGGAGAUGUUCUUACACGGUCACGCGCAUCGCAUGUUCGCGGAUUGCCGGUUCGAGGCGGUAGUUAUCUCAACUUUUACUCGAACGCUCACAGGCCUGGCUGCAUCCAAGUGGAAAGAAAUUCCGUGGAAAUCUCUCCCCAAAACCCCGAGAGAUCGCUUAGUGGACAUCAUGCUGGAGUUUCCCGCGAUCACAAAGGAAGUUAGUAGAUUGGAUCUCACAACGAGAGAAUACGACCAGUUAUUCCAGCGAGAGAAGCUGAUAGAGAAGUGCUGGUCGAUUCUCCGAGCCCUCCGAAGAUGGGAAUCUGCCUGGGGUACCGAGGCCGUCGAGUUCGCAACCAACAGAGUCAAAACCGAGCCUUCCCCAGAACCCCCCCCUCUCACCUCUGAAGACCUCGCCAAGGGCCAUAUUAUUCUCAUAUACUGGGCAAACUGCAUCAUGAUUUGCGACAUAUUCCAAUCGCAAAUCAAGAAAAGUUUAAAGCCGAGGACGCCAGCCGCCUGGCAGGAAUACACGAAGCCAGCAACUUACUGCCGCAAAUUAGCCAACCUUUUGCGGUUCUUUCAAAUCAACAAGUCGGGCUCCUUCUUUAUGAAUAUUAUUCUCAUAGUGACGGCAUUCUGCUUUGAAUAUCUUAAUAGAGAGGAAGAAGAUGGGCCGUCUAUAGAAAAGGCCAUCCUUAUGAACGCAUUGCGUGGUCACAUCGACAAAGACGCGGCGACUUUUGCGAAGAGUUUCAUAUUUUGGUUGAAUUCAGGAGGCAAUCGGCCAUUUUCGAAAAAGUUAGUCGAAUAA